CUAACAAGGCUUUGGCUGUAUCUCUCCCACGAUAAACAAACAUCAAUACUAGCUAGAACGGCGAUCCAAGCAGCACGUUACAGUAGAAGCUUGAUGAUUACUCUUUACGAUAAGACGCAACACAAUUCAACCCUCCGAGGAGCACAGAACAGAGUCGUGCGGUAGAAUUGAACACCAGCACCGCACUUUUCACCAUGGCACCGUCGCGGCGCCGGGGGGCCUCCGGGAAGACGUCGGCCACUGUGGCACGGUCGGCGGCUAUCCUGGCGACGGAGAAACGGCGUCGGGAAGAACUAGAGCAGCAAAGCGCAUGCGAUAGGAAGGGCAACAAGGACAACAACAAUACCAGCAACAGCAAAAAUAAACACGACACGACCUCAACUGCGAAGGGUGUCCACGUCGGAGAUGAUUACGAUGCAUACAUAGAUACAAAUAACAGCUAUCACGAUUCAACAGAGAACAACUACGACAACAAUUACGAUAUGAAUCGCGAUGAGACAAUAGCAGAGGUGGAGAAGCAACGAAAAAAGUUUUCACUCUUUCAACCCUUCGCGUCUCGCGGACAACCUUACUGCAAGGUAGUCCCCGAAGAUCAGCAACAUUGCACCAAAACCUAUCCAAACAACAUUCACCAGCGGUCGAGCAAGUCGGGGUGCAAGCGGAAAGAUGACUACUAUUAUUCCGAAGAGGAGGACGGCAACAGUGACAACGAUCAUGAUGCAGGUGACGAGGGCUGUUUGCAUUGCCAUCGGAAAGUCAAGAGCAUGCCCCGGAUUCGUGUCAUUGACGACGACGAGAACGGCGACCACGAUUCCGACGAGGGGCACGGGGGGGUUAACAUCCAGGUACGGUGCGACGAUUGCAGGGGAUACAUUUGCAACGGUUGCCACUGGUGCCACGAAUUCCAGGCGAACCACGAGAUAAGGGUUUGCGAUCGAUGCGACGCCUUCUAUUGCCGCAGGUGCGACGAAAUGGAUCAGUGCGACGAUUGCGGAGAGGUAGUCUGUGGGUCUUGCUCUACUCUGUUGAGUUGCAAGUUUUGCGGAGGUGGAUUGUGCGAAGAAUGUGCGACGGCUUGUGGACGGUGAGUAGAAGAACAAGAACGAGAUGGCUUCCGUGUUGCCGAUGGCAUUUUUGUUGUUGCUGCUGUUGGUUUUGUUGGUUUGGACGGAACGGGACUCGACUCGUCUCGAUUCGAUUCUCCUUUACUUGUGUUUAGCAUUUGGCCACGCUCUUGUGGUUUUGUUCGCGUCACAGCAAUUCCCGAGAAUGGUCGCUUCCCAACCUCGUUCUCUCACGCCGGUGUUUUUCUAAUCAUUCGUAUCGCGAUGUCUCGUAACUUAAACGAUAUGAACCGAACCCAAUAGAUGUGGAAUCGUCUUGUGCAGUCGCGACGCCAAGUUCGCUGUAGAUUGCGACACUUGCCGACUCUCCUAUUGCUUGGUGUGUUUGGCGAGCGGUAGCAAAGAUCCUUGCGUGAGGUGCGGGCAUCGGCCUUCGAAACGAAUGGAGCAAUUGGUUCAUUUGCGACUCAAGAGUAUUUACAAGGCGUUCAAAAGCAGCAGCGGAGGCAGCAACGCUGUUGGUGGUUCCGGCAAUAGUGGUGAUGGAAAUAACAUCAAUAAUUGCAACAUAGCAAAUGGAGCGGAAGGAGGUGGGAACAUCAAAAGCAAUACCGGUCACGGGAAUAGCACCGCGAGCAACGACGGUAGCCACGGUGGACGACCGCGACGCAACAAACCAACUACGCUUCAAGACAUGGUUGGAGAUCACGACGACGAAGACGACGUCGACGAUGUCGUGGAUCCAGAAAUGUCUAUGAUGAUGGGGGCUGCUGCGGGGGUCCUGCCCCACAAAUUCUGUCACGAUUUGGAACAGAAUUAUUUGGCCGAGCAGAAAAAAGCAGAUGCCGCCGCGGAGGCCUUGUUGGCAGAACUCGAGGAGGAAGAAACGGCCAUAGCGCAAAAGAAGUCGAAAAAGAAAAAGAAGAAAGAAAGAAAGAAUGCUAGCAAACAAAACCAACAAUCAUCUCAGAAAAAUACGGAUGCCGAUGGUAGCAAGAAGCUCGACGCCGAUAACACAUCGAAGAUGAAACCAUCUCAAUCUCAGCAUGAGAUGGCAUCGGCAGAUGCGGGAGGAAACGGCGAAGUAGACGAGGACCUCUCAUCGGAAGACGUUGACUCCACAGGCCGAGCCAUCAAUGGCAAUGACGAAGGAAAAAAUCAAUCUGAAAACCUUGAGGAUACCAAAAUGGAUCCUGUCGAGAAAGAAUUAGUCGAAUGCGUAAAUAACAUCGAUCUUGAAGGCAUUGAAAAUAUUCUUUUUCGUCUGAAGGGGGUUCCCGGAAGAGCUGCCUUACGGAAGAAUGCGAAGAAAGCUUUAAAACGAUUAAAGCUAGAACUAAACCCGCCUCCGCUUACACCAGCGCAUCCCAAAAUGGAGGUGACAAGGAAGACUGAGAAGAAACCAACGGGAUCGACAACUCGACUGUCCUCCGCGAUAAACAAGCUUUCGACAAUUGCAGCGGAUCCCAAGUCGUUAUCAAAAAAAAGUACUGCCAAGUCUUCUGGAGGUCACGAAAAGUCGAGCCAUAACAACAGCAAGUCCUCUCAUUCAAAGUCAUCGCUUCAUAAAAACAAUGCUAGUACUCGUUGUGAAGCUGUUGUAGAAAUAGUCUCCAGGUUGGUGGGAUGGAUGAUCGGGAAGAAUGGUCAACGCAUACGAGAUCUAAUGGAAGAGAGUGGGGCAAAAAUCUGGAUCGAUCAAGAGAAAUUCAAGGGCCAAGAAACAAGAAAUGUAUACAUAAGUGGAGACCGCAAGUCAGUUGAUCGUGCUGUUUCUCUCGUCAAUAACGUAAUCACCAACGCUCCACCACCACAGGGCUCUACCAAUACCGCAGCAGCAGCUGCUAUAACUUCCACGGCCAGCAUUGCAUUGGCGACGGAAAGACCUGAGGGUGCAAUGAAAUUGUCUACUACUACUGUAGAAGUCAAAUCAGCAUGGGUUAAAACUUCUGGGAAGAGUGCCGGUAACACGAUACUAGGAACAGUGCCAAAACMACCUGCAUUGAUCACAUCAUCUGCCCCAGUGGUUGGUAACGUAUUGAAGGAGCAUGCGCAAGCCCAAAAAUCAUCUGAAAAUGUGACCAUCAAGGAACCACUCGGAAAGCGAACAAACUCAGAAAAUCUUGUUUCCGAUUAUGCAAACCCAGCAAUUAGUGCGCCGCUUGCAUCUAAGUCCUCUGAAGUGGUAACAGAAAUUGUAACCUGUGAAGCUAGGUUCGUACCCCUCUUGAUCGGAAAGCGCGGUUGGACGAUCAAACAAAUUCAGGACGAUAGUGGAGCUCGCGUCGACAUAGAUCAAAGUGUGACACCACGCCAGGUUAGGAUUUCGGGUAGCAAAGCGGAUGUCGACAAGGCGGUUACAAUGGUUCGAGACGUCUUAAGUUAUCCCCAUGCUCAGCCACAGUCCUCUAUAAUGGAAGACGGUAGCCUUGUCCACCCUGGAAUUUCAACAGGCAUUCAGCAGUCUGAAACUAGUAUUCCGAUCUCAACUCCCACCAAACAGAGCCUCCUCGCUGCCUCUGCCGUAUUGGAACACAAUGUCACAAGGAAUACAAUACCGAGGCAAGAUGAAACCAGCGACCGGAUACACUCACCGCCUCCGAUGGUAGGUGAUGCAAAGAGUGCAAUAUCUGCAUCUUCUUCACUCUCGUCAACGCCCGAACCGUCCAUGGCUUCGUCGUCAAAGGGAUUCAUCGCAUCGCGCUUACAAAAUGGCUCAUUGCUGCAUCCACCAAUGGAACAAUAUGGCAUGGGAAUCAAUCCAUCACAAAUAUCUCAAAGUCCAUUUUUGCAUCCCGUGGGGGGCAUUAGCGAUGCGCUGGGUGGAGGGGGUUUGUGGCAAUCAACAUCAUUGGGAACACGACCAACAGGAGUAUCUCCUCCUCCACCUCUGUACACGGAAAGCCCGGGACAGAUUGGAAUGCAGGGGGAUGGACAAAUGAUUAUUCCACGGGGCCACAUUGCUCAUCCUCUCAUUCACCAGCAACUCCAACAGCAAAACCAACACAUUCCGAUAAACACUGGUAUGAGUCAAGAGCAGCAACAAAACAGAGGAUAUCCAACCCAUCAGCUCCACCCUUUGUCUCAAACGUUUGGUCACGCAGGACAGGUAUCACAUGGUAUGAACUUAUCAGUCAACGGAAAUGGGAGUCCCAUGGAACGUGUUUCUCAAUUAACCAAUCAAAAUAUUGGAAACAACGAUCCAACUCCUGGUGUCCAUUCUACGUUGGGAGGUAGUGCACCGUACAAUAUGUACAGAAAUGAGGGAGUGCCUAGUGCACGAGUGAUUGCCACGACGCCGUUGAGAAAUUUGAUGCACCACAAUGGCGGUGGUGGUAUGUCUCCAGUAUCAUCUCCAGUGAGAGAGUCUGGUUACAGACAGGGUAGCAGUGGUCUAUGGGAUGCAUCAAAUCCAAAUUAUUCAUCUUCUGACUUACCACUUCAAACCUCUGCGUUGCAGCCACGCUCCUCCUCUGAAUUUACUGGAGUUUCGAUGGGGUUCUCCACUGGGCAACAGCACACGAAUAAAGAUAUUGCUGUGAGUAAUUCUCUUGGUUAUGCUACGUCCGACGCAAUGCCCUCGCAACACAGUCUUCCAAACACGAAUCCAAUACCGAUAGUACCAAACACUACGACGCCCUUUUCCUCAGUCUCCCAUGUGCGAAGGACUGAUGAUUCGCUAAUGUUUGAUAAUUUGUUCGGACGUACGAACAGUAGCGCUCAAACAUCACACGCUGACGCUACCAAUAGCCUACUUACUGGUUUCAACGGCUUGUCUUUGUCUACUGGAGGAGAUGGAGCAAAAUCGUCAGGGCUUUGGGGCUCCUCUGACUUCACAGAGAGUUGGAAUGAGAAGAAAGGGAGCGACGUUUACGAUUCGGACUCUUCUGCUCCGAACGUUUCAUCCCUUGGUAACAUAUUUUCGGACAAAAGGCCCAAUCUUUCCCGUCCAGAAGAGUCUCGCUUUAACUGGGAUUCGACGUAUCCCAAUCGUUGAUUCUCAUCUGCGGAUAGAAUUAAUGUUUGGCUACCGACGAGGAAGAAGAAUUCACGGCGACUUUUGUUGAGUUGGUUUAUUUACCUGCCAAACAGGUACACAAUAACAUUGAAGCAAUCACUGCGCGUUUGCUCAUAAAAAUAACUCUUUGGUAGAUUUUUCUUUGCUCAUACUGCACAUGUGGACAACAGCAUUUAUCAACUAAAUGUAAUUUUUCUUCCCAUCAAGUAACCGUGCGGUAUAGUAUCACUAUUUCUUACUGGUGGCUUGAGGGUUGAGCCUGUGGCCGCUGUCUCGAAUCGAUGUCUCGAAUCAAAGCAAAUAGAUUGUUCUUUUCCUAAUGGAAAAAUAUUUAAGUACGCACAAACCACGGUACGAUAGUACCAUGGUUUUAGAACAGGAUUAAACUACUGCUGACAUAGUAUAUUACUAUAUGUUAGGUGUCAUACACCCAGCUGAACAGAAAAAAUAAUUAUAAUUUACCUGU